AUGUCCCAACCAAAUGGUAUCGCUACUCUUUUGAAAGCCGAGAAAGAGGCACAUGAGAUUGUGUCUAAGGCUAGACAGUACCGCCAGGAAAAACUAAAGCAAGCUAAGUCCGACGCUGCCACCGAAAUUAACGCUUACAAGCAAAAGAAGGAGCAGGAGCUGAAGGACUUUGAGGCCAAGAACGCUGGCGGUGUCGGCGGUUUGGAGAAGGACGCCGAAGGCAAGGUGCAGGUUGAGAUCCAGGAGAUCCAGAAGAUCGGCAAGGACAAGAAGAAGAACGUUGUCAAGCUACUGGUGGACGCGGUGACGACUCCUGUUGCCGAGGUCCAUGUCAACGCAGCGUGA